UUUGAAGAGCUCUCGAAAAAGUUCAGUUAAAAUUUGUACUCGAACCCAAACGGAUCUGUUUCCCAAUUCCCAGUGUAGAAAAUACUUUUUACUAGUAAUAUUUUCUUUUUUGUUUUGUUUUUGUGCUACAUUUAAAAUAUUUUCAACUCGAAGAACCAAGCCGAGUCUCAUCGCGAUUUGUGUCAAGUGUUUCGUGCUGAUUAGUCGUUUCUAGUGUUGAAAAUUAUGGACGCGAAACGUGGUAAUAAUGCCCCUGCCACACGCCAUGGCUUUCACGCAUCCCGUACUAGUGUUGCCUCACGCCAUGGCCAGCAGUCCGCAGCUGCAGUGGUUCAAGGAGCCACCAUGUCACGCAAACAUAUGAGCGAGGCCAGCCUGACGCCUAGCCAGACCAAGCGGGAUACAGAGAAUCCUCGCAAGAGUCCGUUGGAUGCUCUGAGUCGUGCCGGCACAGCUCGCCAGCAGGAUCCCUUCCAACGUCGCUCGGGUCUACAGGAUGUGGACGAUGCCUUCUUGGCCACGAAUGCAUUUGCCCGACCAUCGCGAGUUCGCCACUCUGGAUUAGAUGGUGGCGCUGCCCUUCCACCAGCAGGAACUGCUGCAGUGGCACCCAUUCGCAUGUCUAGCGGACAGGAGCAGUCUUCGCAGCCAGCCGCUCCCACACAGGAGCAGCAGCAGAUGCCACCGCCUCAGCAACAGUCGCCGCCGGUGGCUGCUGUGCCCUCUCAGCAGCAGUUUAUUCAACAACCAGCCGCUGGCCAGCCCACUCGCCACGAUCCCUACCCCACUGGACGGGCCCAUGUCCACCAUAAUCAGCAACAGCAACAGCAGCAGGUUGCCUUUGAUCAGCAGCAACAUCAACAACAAAUAGCCCAGCAGGAUACCCAGUCCAUGAGCCAAUCGCAGCCACAGGGACAACAGCAGCCGCAGCAGCAGUCCCAAGGCUUCUCUAAUCAGCCCAAUGUCGGUGGAGGCGAACGUGCUGCAGCUGGCGGUUUCAGCAACGGAGGUCAACCGCAGCAGCAGGUUGGCGGCGGUGCUGCUCCGCCUCCCGAAGCCGAGUUGUGCACCACGUGCCCCAACUGCCAGACCACCAUCUACUUGGUUCGCUCCGCCGAAAUGGGAAACGGCGACAAUGCCGCCCCAACUCAGUAGAUAGAUGCAAAGCAUCAAAAGACCAAAUUCCAGUACACCCCAAAUUCCCAUAGAAUCAAUCUAUAACUUUGGAAAGAAAAUAUAUUCCAGUAACGCCACGAAGGAGUAACCCAGUGUCGG